AUGUGCCCUCAUGUAAAGAUGGCCUUUAGGAUAGAGCCACAGCCACAGGCUCAUGCACAGACCCAGGCACAGACCCAGGUACAGACCCAGGCACAGACCCAGGCACAGACCCAGGCACAGACCCAGGUACAGACCCAGGCACAGACCCAGGCACAGACCCAGGCACAGACCCAGGUACAGACCCAGGCACAGACCCAGGCACAGACCCAGGUACAGACCCAGGCACAGACCCAGGCACAGACCCAGGCACAGACCCAGGCACAGACCCAGGCACAGACCCAGGUACAGACCCAGGCACAGACCCAGGCACAGACCCAGGUACAGACCCAGGUACAGACCCAGGUACAGACCCAGGCACAGACCCAGGCACAGACCCAGGCACAGACCCAGGCACAGAACCAGGUACAGACCCAGGCACAGACCCAGGCACAGACCCAGGCACAGACCCAGGCACAGACCCAGGCACAGACCCAGGCACAGACCCAGGCACAGACCCAGGCUCAGACCCAGGCACAGACCCAGGUACAGACCCAGGUACAGACCCAGGUACAGACCCAGGCUCAGACCCAGGCACAGACCCAGGCACAGACCCAGGCACAGACCCAGGUACAGACCCAGUCACAGACCCAGGCACAGACCCAGGCACAGACCCAGGCACAGACCCAGGUACAGACCCAGGUACAGACCCAUGCACAGACCCAGGUACAGACCCAGGCACAGACCCAGGCACAGACCCAGGCACAGACCCAUGCACAGACCCAGGCACAGACCCAGGUACAGACCCAGGUACAGACCCAGGCACAGACCCAGGCACAGACCCAGGUACAGACCCAGGCACAGACCCAGGCACAGACCCAGGUACAGACCCAGGCACAGACCCAGGCACAGACCCAGGCACAGACCCAUGCACAGACCCAGGCACAGACCCAGGUACAGACCCAGGCUCAGACCCAGGCACAGACCCAGGCACAGACCCAGGCACAGACCCAGGCACAGACCCAGGCACAGACCCAGGCACAGACCCAGGUACAGACCCAGGCACAGACCCAGGCACAGACCCAGUGGUGGGCGAACCUGGAGCACCUGGAGGAAACUUUCGCAGGGCUCAUGUCUGCAGACAGUGAUAUGACCCGAGCAUCGAUCCUCGGACACGCCCCUCAUCACGAAGAAAUACAACAUGUAUCUUUAGCCUGA